AUGCAGGCUAUUGACAAGGAAAGAAGAAAACGCCGUGCUCCAUCAUCACUUCCAAGAACUCAAGCUCCAAUAAGAAUUCCUGAUGAAAGCGAAGAGCAGCAAACAGGCAAUGAAGGCCUCGCAGAACAAGACGAGGAUACAACAACCCGACGCUUCAUAUGGGCUGAUGAAGACAACUCACGGCUGAUCAGCGCUUGGCUGAAAAAAUCAGUAGAUCCAAUCCGUGGAAUAUCGAGCAAAAAGGAAUGCUAUUGGAAAGAUGUUGCAGAGGAGUAUAAUAGCAACAGUCCCGAAGACCGAAGAAGAGGACCCAAUUCAUGCAAGGAACAUUGGGGAAAGACAAACAGGAAGGUUGUCCAUUUCAAUGGUGUUUGGUGCAGGCUGAAAAAGGUUUAUGUUAAUGGUCAGUCAGAUGAACAGUUGAUAGAAAAAAUUCGGGCAACGUACAAGCACGAGAGAGAUCACUGGUUCACACUUGACAACUGGUGGAAAGAGGUUCGAAACCAACCAAAAUGGAAUAGGACCUAUCCUGAGGAUGAGAAGAAAAACAAAGGUACAAAGGUGUCUAAUUUGGAAAACAACUUAUCAUCAUCCCAAGACGAGGUGCAUAUUUUUGGUGACAAAGUUCGUCCCCUAGGUACCAAAGUAGCAAAAUUACUUGCAAAAGGGAAAGGUAAAGAACAAUCAGGCGGUAGCAUGUCCCAUGAAAAUUUUAAGCUCUACCAUGAGUCUCAGACUUUGAGAUCCUCUACAUCACUUAGGUUGGCGGAAGUGCAACUUCAACUCUCAAAGGACCAUAUUGAAGUAGCCCAAUCACAAGAGAGAGCAGCUAAGGAAAAGAAGCAAUGUAAAAUUAUGGACAAAUACACUGAGCUUUUGAUGGCUGACACAAGUAAGAUGAAUGAUUCACAGAGGGAGGAGCACGACAGAGCUUUGAAGUUUUUUGGUGAUAAUUUGCAUGGCAAGAACAAUUAG